AUGUCUGAAAUAGAUCGGGAUGGUCCUCAAAUUUCUGACAAUUCCUCUCAGCAUUCAACUCAGCGUACACUCAGCCUUGAAGAGAAGAAUGAGAUAUUUCUUAAGUGUACUCAUAAAGAUGGCAAAGGUAACCCUUAUGGCCUUGGAUCGCUUGUGGAGACGCUGAACAAAAGAAAAAGGAAGGAGUGUUAUGCGAGCUCUUCUACAUCAACCAUUGUGGAUCUUCAAGAUCAGUUGCAGAAGAAGAUAUCAAAACAUGAAGCUCAAAAUGCAAAACGUGAUGAGGAGCACCGGCAAUAUCAAUAUCGGAUGGAGAAGCUAGCUUCUCCUCUUCAUGAAGGAAAAAGAUCUUGAGUUGGCUGCGUUUUUGUCUACUGAUUCUACAGAACCAAAACCACCCCUCUAACCAACCACCACAGGCACCCAGCUAAACAACCCAACUCCAAGCACAUUUCCAACCACCACAUGCACCCCAGAAGACACCGGAUUAGGCACCACUACAUUAGUCUCCACUUCAGCUACUUUGUCUAAUAGUUCUUCUAACCAUUGAACUUGAUUUUCUAAUGGUUUUUUGAAAAACUUUAUCUUUUGUUGAAAACAAUUUAAGAUGAUAAUAUAAUGUAUGAGUGAAUGAUUUUAGGAA